UAUUUGUUUGGUUUUCAGACAAAAGGUGUACCUUUAGCUAAAGAUGAGGUGGCCUUGCUAAUUGACCUUAUUGAAGCUAAUAAGGUGAUUACAAGCAAGGCUACAAACGCUGCCAAUAAUCAGCUUAAAGAAGCUGCCUGGACUAAAAUUACAGGAGCAUUCAAUGCAUCUGUAUCAAGUUACCCGCGAAGAACAGAGCAACUUAAAUUGAAAUGGGAGAAUUUAAAAAAAACUGCUCGUAAAAGAUCUACCAAAAUUAGGAUGAACCAAAUUAAGACAGGUGGUGGCAAGCCAGAAUACAUUCCACCAGAUGAUGCACUGGACAGAGUGGCAUCCAUUUUAGGUGCAACAUGUGAGGGUUACACUGUAUCAUUUGGAGGAGAUGCUGAGGUGACGGUAGAUUCCGAGGUGACGGUAGAUUCCGAGGUUUUGAAUGAUGGUGGUGUCGAAAAUGAGAUUGAAUCAUCAGGGAAUAUCCAACAGCUGGUUGUGACAAGUCCGAAACCAAAGAAAUUCUUUUUUAAAUCUCCCAGUGGCAACAAUAUUAAUAAAGAAAAACGUAGGCUACUGGAUGAUGACAUAAGGACUCGAGCUGCACGAAAUCAAGCUAUUGCUGAUUAUUAUAUUACUAAAAAGAAGAAAUUAGAAUUAGAAAUAGAACACAUGGAAUUAACAAAUAAAAAGUUAAAAUUAGACUUAGAGCAAAAUAAAGAAGUAUUAAAAUAAAGUUUUGUUUUUCUUUAUUGAAUGAACUUACAAUUACACUUCAAUUCACAGUUAUUCACUCAAAUCAAAUCUGGAACAAAUAAAAUAUACCUAACAUUAAUCAUGUAUGUGUCAUCAUGCAUGCAGUUAUUGAAAUGAAAGACAUGGGAUCACAAAUAACUUACUCUCCAAAGUAAUUGUUUAUCAAGUCUUGUCGCUCAUCAAUAUUAUUGUCACUAGGUUCAUGUAACACCA